UAGCAUUCCUACCGCUCAGCAAAAAUUUUAUUUUGCUAAAAGCAAACCAGUUUUAGCAGGCAAAAGUUAUUACAGAUUCCAAGCGGAUUUAAAGUGCGGGUGCCCACUAAAUAUGAAGUCUCUAGGCUGCAGCUGCACAUGGAGGGAGCAUUCGAAAAAUGGUGUGUGGCUGUGGGCCGUGGUGGUGCUUCAUCUCAGAGCCUUUGGUCUCUUUGCGUUGGCGAGCAUGGCAAAGCCGGGCUGCGAGGAGCGAUGUGGAGAUAUGGAAAUUCCAUACCCUUUCGGGAUGGGUGACGAGGGUUGCUUCGUGGAGGGCUUCGGCAUAACCUGCAAUCGCUCCGUCGUGCCCUCAAAGGCCCUCUUAGGAAAAGGAAACCUUCAAGUGAUCAACAUAUCGCUCGCGAACGCUGAGGUCCGAGUGAACAACACUCGAUCACUUUCCUACAGCUGUCGCAAUGGAAACAGAGAUAGCGGCUAUGUGACACUCUCGAAAAGUGGACCAUACACUUUUUCAAAUAAGACUGUGUUCACAGCCAUCGGGUGCGACACCGUGGGCUAUGUUACAGAUAAUGAUAGCUUCACCAGCGGGUGCGUUUCUAAGUGUAUGAACCAAAGCACCGUGGUGAACGGGUCGUGUAAUGGAAUCGGGUGUUGCCAAACAACGUUGCCCAAGCACAAGAAGUACCUCCUUGUGUCUGCUACUAGUUUGAGCAACUACACAUCGAGUAAGAAGUACAGUUGGUGCUCCUAUGCCUUCCUCGCAGAGCGAGAGAGCUACAAUUUCAGAGGAACGGAUCUUCGACUAUUCCUGAGCAAAGCAGAUCUUGCAAUUGUGCUGGAUUGGGAAAUAAGGAACGGAAGCUGCCUGUCGACUGCGAAUUCUUCAAGUAUUCCACAUGUGUGUGGGGAGAAUGCGGAGUGCAUUGAUUCGGAGAGGGGCAUCGGGUAUGUGUGUCGUUGCAUCAGGGGCUACGAGGGGAACCCAUACCUCAGUGGAGGAUGCCAAGAUAUCAAUGAGUGCUUGAGCAGAGGCCCGGACUACAAAUGCUUUCAGGAAGCCACAUGUGAAAACAUUGGUGGAAACUAUAGUUGCAUUUGUCCAAAGGGACACAGAGGAGAUGGACUUCAAAAUGGAAGCCAAUGCAGACCCGACGCAUUUCCUAUCUUCAAACUUAUUCUAGGUGCUGGUUUGGGUCUGGGCUUUCUUCUUGCAUUCGGUUUCGGAAGCUACCUAUCAAUGAAGAAGAUAAAGCUGGUAAAACUUAGAGAGCACUACUUCAAGCAAAAUGGUGGCUUAUUGCUAAGGCGACAGAUCUCUUCUCACGAAGACAGCACUGCCGCACGGAUAUUCACCAGCGAUGACCUCAAAAAGGCCACAAACAACUACGACAAAUCGAAAAUCUUGGGUGCAGGUGGCUAUGGAACUGUUUACAAGGGAACACUGGAAGACAGCACAGUGGUUGCUAUUAAGAAGGCUAAUGUGGUGGAUAAAGUCCAAAUUGAUCAGUUCAUAAAUGAGGUACUCAUACUCACACAAGUCAAUCACAGGAAUGUAGUGAAGCUAUUGGGUUGUUGUUUGGAAACCUCUGUUCCAAUGUUGAUCUACGAGUAUAUCCCCAAUGGCACACUCGAGCAUCAUAUCCAUGGUAAGGAUCUUUUGAAACGAAUUUCAUGGCCGGACCGCUUAAGGAUAGCCCUAGAAACUGCAGAAGCACUUGCCUACCUACACUCGGCUGCUUCCAUGCCGAUUUUCCAUAGGGACGUUAAGUCUGCAAACAUUUUGCUGGACAAUAACGGCACUGCAAAAGUUGGAGAUUUCGGGAUCUCCCGUAUGGUUCCCAUAGAUAAAACCCAAUUAUCCACAUUGGUACAAGGGACUUUAGGGUACCUAGAUCCGGAAUACUUUCAAACUGGACAACUGACAGCAAAGAGUGACGUUUAUAGUUUUGGGGUCAUUUUACUCGAACUCCUUACUGGGGAGCGGCCAUUUUCCUUUGAAAGGUCCAAAGAGGAAGCCAACCUCGCGAAUUACUUCCUAAUGACUGUGAAAAAUGGGCAUCUUGAGGAGAUUUUGGAGAAAGAUGUUCUAAGAGAAGGCAACAUUCAGCAACUGCGAGGUGUUGCGGACCUGGCUGUGAAAUGCCAGAGACUGAAUGGGGAGAAAAGGCCUACAAUGAAAGAGGUAGUGCAAGAGCUUAUGUGGCUCAAAGGUUCAACGCAACAUGCAUGGCUACAGAAAAACAUCGAAGAGACAGAGCAUUUACUCGGACACGAUCCACCCUUUCCGAGCGACGAAGUAACAGGAAGCUUGCACAUCAAUGUAGGGGUCCUUGCCUUAGAAUCCGGCCGUUGAGACUCACUUGCAUCUUACUGUUGAUGGAAAUGACUACGGCCAGGUUUGGUUCAUGGGAAAUUUCUCUCCUAGAGAGAUUCCAUUGUCCAAGCUGCUAUCUCAUGUUUGUUUCAUGGAAAAACAGCGAUCAGAAAAUAUGAAAUUUUUUCACAGUUGUACAAAAUAUUUGGUUUCAUGGGAAAACAGCUUCAUACCUUGCAAGGUAUGAAAUUCAUGAUUCUACGAUUUCCCUAUUUGCAGUUUUGCAGUUUUGCAGUUUGCAGUUUGCAGUCAUAAGAAUCUCUCUAAUUCUCAUGUUGUUGAAAUACUAAAUUCAUGGAAACAGGUGACUACUUGUAUCUUCUUUAGCCUGUAGAUAGGGUUCCUCUUGCGAAUAAGAUAUACGAUUUGCUUAAAUUUGUUUCUUCAAUUACCUCAAUGUAUGCAUCCAUAUAUCAGAGAGACUUUUCGACGUUCUCCUAAAAAAGCUG